AUGGCCGCCGUCCAAGCAACCCAGGAAGCGCUGGCACCGGUGCAGCAGCAAGGUGGCACCUUGAAGAUUGAGAACACCGAGAAGCGCGAUACAUUGAUGGCCAGCGAGAAGAAGUAUCAACAGCAAUGGGCCUCCAGCAAAAUCUUCGAGCAAGAUGCACCGACGCUCGAGGAUGUGCCUUUCCAUUCAAUUGCUCCCGCCGAGCUGCGGAAACGCACGCCCAAGUACAUGGUCACCAUGGCAUAUCCGUACGUCAAUGGAACUCCACACGCUGGUCACUCCUUCACCGCCAGCAAGUUGGAAUUUGCAGUAGGAUGGGCACGAAUGCAGGGCAAGCGGGCGCUCUACCCGCAGGGCUUCCACUGCACCGGUAUGCCCAUCAAGGCUUGUGCCGACAAGCUGGUGCGCGAGAUUGAGAUGUUUGGCAAGGACUUCUCCGGCUGUGACCUCGACGCCAUCGCCGCAGAGAACAAAGCGUCCACCCCAGCACCCGUACAGCAAGUCACCAAGGAGGAUGUCACCAAGUUCUCCGCGAAGAAGUCCAAGGUCAACGCCAAGACCAAUGUGGCCCUGAAGUACCAGUUCCAGAUUAUGCUGGCGUUGGGCAUUGACAUUGGUGAGAUCCACAAGUUCUCAGACCCUCAAUAUUGGCUGCAAUACUUCCCACCCCUCUGGAAGCGUGAUCUGGACAAUCUGGGCUGCCGAGUCGAUUGGAGAAGGUCAAUGGUCACCACUGAUGCCAACCCAUACUACGACGCCUUUGUACGCUGGCAGGUGAACCGUCUGAAGGAGUUGGGCAAGAUCAAGUUCGGCAAGCGAUACACUGUCUAUUCGCCAAAGGAUGGGCAAGCAUGCAUGGACCACGACCGUGCAUCUGGUGAGGGCGUGGGCGUUCAGGAGUACACUGCGAUCAAGCUCCGUGUGAAGGAGUGGCCCGAGGCUGCAAAGAGCAAGAUCGAGGGCAAGAUUCCCGAGGGCGGAAAUGUAUACUUCGUCCCCGCAACUCUGCGACCAGAGACCAUGUACGGCCAGACGUGCUGUUUUGUUGGUCCAACCAUCACCUACGGCAUCUACGAGGCUGUCAAGGGCAAGGAGUACUACUUCAUUUCAGAUCGCGCCGCGAGGAAUAUGUCCUUCCAGAGCAUAUUCGCCAAGUGGGGAGAGUUCCCCAAGGUUGCUGAACUGCAAGGAUCGGACGUCAUUGGUACGCUCGUMCAUGCACCGCUUUCAGUCCACAAAGACGGCGUGCGUAUCUUGCCCAUGGAGUCGGUCAAGGCGUCGAAGGGUACCGGUGUUGUCUCCUGUGUGCCAUCUGAUUCCCCAGACGACUACGCGACUACAAUGGAUUUGAUCAARAAGUCCGACUACUACAAGAUCAACAAGGAGUGGGUGGAGUUCGAGAUACUUCCAAUCAUCGAGACACCUGCGUACGGCAACCUCACAGCCAAAUUCUUGGUCGAGUCGAUGAAGAUCAACUCUCCAAAGGACGCAAAGCAGCUUGCAGAAGCGAAAGAUCUUGCAUACAAGGAGGGUUUCUACAAGGGCAAGAUGAUCUACGGCGAGUUCACUGGCAAGUCCGUCGAGGAGGCAAAGCCGCUCGUGCGGCAACAACUUAUCGAUGCCAACGACGCAUUCGCAUACGCCGAGCCAGACGGUCAAGUUAUCAGUCGGUCGGGAGAUGAAUGUGUUGCUGGUCACUUGGAUCAGUGGUUCAUGAAUUAUGGUACCCCCGAGAAGUCUGGAGAUGAGACAUGGCAGCCUGCUGUGCUCAAGCACGUCCGCAACGAGGACGGCAACGGCCUCAAUCUCUUCACAACCGAGGCGAAGAACUCAUUCGAACAGGUUUUGUUCUGGCUCGCUCAAUGGGCCUGCGCUCGGAGUUAUGGCCUGGGCACGAAACUGCCUUGGGAUCAAAGCCAACUUGUUGAGAGUCUGUCGGACUCUACCAUUUACAUGUCGUACUACACUAUUGCACACUUCCUGCACAAGGAUAUCUUUGGCAAAGAGAAGGGUCUUGGUAAUAUUGCGCCGGAGGAGAUGACCGAUGAGAUCUGGGACUGGCUCUUCUGCAGAUCGGAGACCAUGCCACAGACCUCUAUCAAGGAGGAGACUCUUCACCGCAUGCGCCGCGAGUUCGAGUACUGGUACCCUCUCGAUCUUCGCGUCUCCGGCAAGGAUCUAAUCCAGAAUCACUUGACCUUCUUCCUCUAUGUACACGUUKCACUCUUUCCACCAGAGUACUGGCCACGUGCGGUCCGUGCCAAUGGUCACUUGCUCCUGAAUGGAGAGAAGAUGUCCAAGUCGACUGGAAACUUCCUUACUCUCAAGGACGCGACCGACAAGUUUGGUGCUGAUGCCACUCGCGUUGCCCUUGCGGACGCUGGAGAUAGUAUCGAGGAUGCAAACUUUGACGAGUCAGUGGCGAACAGCAAUAUUCUCCGCCUGUACGAGCUCCGACAAUGGUGCGAGAGCGUGGUUCUUGACGCACGCUUGCUCAAAGAAGGCGAGACGUACGCACAAGUCAAGGAGAGCGAGAGACACAAGAACAACGACUCCAUCCUCCGCACGGGCGUGAAGAUCUUCUGGGAUGAGCUGUUCGAGAACGAACUCAACGGCCUCGUUAGAGAGACCGGCAAGCAGUAUGACCUCACAAACUACAAGGCKGCCUUGAAGUACGGCCUGUACGACUUUAUCAGUGCCCGCGACUUCUACCGCGAGGCUACCAAGGCGGCAGGUGUUGGCAUGCACGUGGACCUAGUCAAGCGCUACAUCGAAAUGCAAGCUCUGAUGGUCACUGUCGUGGCACCACAUUGGGCAGAACAUAUCUGGCUCGAGGUGUUGAAGAAGCCUACCACAGUUCAGAACGCCCUCUYCCCCACCGUACCGGAUCAGCAGCCAAACCUCACCGCUGCACGUGAGUAUGUUCGUAACACGAGCAGCAACAUCACCUCGGCGGAAGGCGGACAGUUGAAGAAGAUGCAGAAGGGCAAGCAGACUUCGUACGACCCAAAGCAGGACAAGAAGCUUCAAAUCUUCUGCGCUCUCAAAUACCCUGCUUGGCAGGACAGCAUCAUCGAUAUCGUGCGGGACAACUUCAAGGACUUGAAGCUUGAUGUAAGCGCUGUGUCCAAGGCUAUCCCCAAGGCAGAGAGCAAGAAGGCCAUGCCGUUCGUGCAGACCCUCAAAAAGAGCCUGGAGUCUGGAAUUGAGUCAAGCACCGUCUUUGAGCGGAAGUUGGCUUUCAAUGAGGUACGCGUUCUGAGAGAGAUGGUGCCAGGACUGCAGCAGACUAUACAGAAGUGUGCUAUUGUCGAGGUCAUUGUCGUCGAGGAUGGCGGCAAGAAGGGAAGCGUGGUUGGCGGCCAGGGCGUGAAAGAAGGUGAAGAGAGGGCCACUCUCCCUCAGGCUGCCGAGAACGCUGUUCCGGGUCAGCCUACCUUCUUCUUUGAGAACAUCACUCAGGGAUAG